UGCCGUAGCCCAGGGCGGGCAGGGUGUGUGUGUAUGUGUGUGUGUGUGUGGGGGUGUACUCAGUAUUUGGAGCGGCAGGGAGAGGCGUGGGCAGUGAAGUCUGUGCCGCCCCGCUCUGCCAGCAGCAUCUUCUCCAGUGAAGCGGGGGGAAGCUCUCUCUCACACACACACACACACAGAGCAAGCAGCAAGAUGAUGAACCCUGGCAUCUUCCUCCUCUUCAUCAGUGUCACCCUGGCCCGGGCAUCCACCGAAGAGCAUCCGUGUAAACCCAACCCUUGCCAGAAUGGAGGGUCAUGUCUGGCUGGAAUCUCCUCGGAUCCCUAUUACUGCAUCUGCAUGGACGGAUUUACUGGGAAAGUCUGCGCUGAGGUGGAGCAAGGGAGUGGUGCAGAGGAACCCACCGUGUUCACGUUGGAAGACAUAAGGUAUAACGAUGUCACUACAUACUCCAGACUCUCAGGCCCCUGUUCCCCUAACCCCUGUCAAAAUGGCGGCCUGUGUGAAUUGAUAUCACGCAGAGGUGAUGCCUUCAGUGAAUACGUCUGCAAAUGCCCCACUGGUUUCCAAGGUGUUCACUGUCAAACAAAUAUCAAUGACUGCGCCUCUCAGCCUUGCAAGCACGGAGGGAAAUGUGUCGACCUGGACGCGGAUUAUUCGUGCAAUUGUCCAUCUCCAUACAUUGGAAGAACCUGCCAUCACACGUGUGUGUCUGCACUGGGGAUGGAGGGAGGAGCGAUAGAAGACCAUCAGAUCUCCGCAUCGUCCGUGCACCUGGGAUUCCUGGGCCUAAAACGCUGGCGCGCAGAGCUAGCCCGACUCAACAACAAGGGAAUUGUCAACGCCUGGAGCAUGGCCACCUUCGACCAUAACCCCUGGUUUCAGGUCAAUCUGUUAAGAAAGAUGCGUAUCACCGGCAUCAUAACACAGGGAGCCUUGGCAGUGGGGGCUCCGGAAUAUGUCAAACUCUUCAAAGUUGCUUACAGUUCUGAUGGAGUCAACUUCACCGUUUUCAAAGACAGUGAGAAAAACAAAGAUAAGACAUUUACUGGAAAUCGCAACAACAACGAGCAGAAGAAGAACCUGGUCGCCCCUCCCAUCAUCGCUCAGUACAUCCGCCUUAUUCCCGUGGUGUGCCAGAGAGCCUGUACCCUGCGCAUGGAGCUAAUAGGCUGUGAACUGAACGUUUACUUAAACACAACAGGUUGUUCGGAGUCGCUGGGGAUGAAGUCCAGGUACAUUGGCGACAAGCAGAUCUCUGCCUCGAGCACGUACAAAAUGUGGGGGAUCGACGCGUUCACCUGGGCGCCGUGCCUGGCCCGCCUGGACAAACACGGCAAAACCAACGCCUGGACAGCGGAGAUCAGCAAUAAGUCUCAGUGGCUGCAGAUUAACCUCCUCGUUCCAAAAAAAAUCACUGGCGUCAUUACUCAAGGAGCAAAAGACUUUGGAGUACAUCAAUAUGUGGAAUCCUUUAAAAUUGCCUACAGUGAUGAUGGGAAGUCGUGGACUAUUUACAAGGACAACAUAACAAGAAAAGAUAAGGUUUUCCAGGGCAACUACGACAACUACAGCCACAGACGCAACGUCUUCGAUCCACCCUUCUACGCACAGUUUGUUCGGAUCGUGCCUCAGACUUGGCACGAACGCAUCACCCUCCGUGUGGAGCUGCUGGGAUGUCACGACUAGACCCUUGCUUCUUGCAUGCAACAGCGGAGUGUCUGAUUUAUGUUAUAUACGCUGACCUGCAUUCAUGUAUUGUACCUUUUAUACACACUGGAACGCCAGCUUCAUUUUAUAGUCACAUUUUCACCGCCACAGGCCAAUUGAACACAAUUGAACGCACGAGAAGGCAUUUAGUAGUGUUCCCGCACUUCCGCUUGUGGCUAUCCCCACCCAUGUGUCUUUUGACCUCUUCAGAGAUUGUCCAUGGUCAGUAAUGGGAAUCUGAGCUGGCAAAUGGAGUGAUUGAGAGGCCAGGUUAGGUUACCCAUAUAUCUACCCAGUGAGUGGAAGAGAUCUUUCAGAUGGAUGGUCAAAACACAAAAGUGCCGGAGUUACUCAACGGGUCAGGCAGCAUCUGGGGAGGCAAUGGACAGGCGAUGUUUCCGGUUGGGAUGGUUCUUCGUUCCAAUUGGACGACAUUUCGCUUCAAGAUCCUUCCUCGCGCUGCUUCACGGGCGAGGUGACCCAUUGAGUUCCUCCAGCACUUUGUGUUUUCUUCAUAUAUUCUAGCGUCUGCAGUUUCUGAUGUUCAUCUGACUACCUUGCACUUGAGAUGCCCAUGGAAUUGGGACUGAAAUUGGGAGCCCAUCCUUUGGGAGAGGCUGAGGUACAGAUCCAUGUUCCAUCACUGCCCAUCCCCUAGAACAUCCUUAGAUCAUUAUUGAACGUCUGCUGCCGUUCCAGUGUGGUGGGGACAUGGACAGAUGAUUCACUGAAACACACGGGCAAGAACGUAUUAAAACCGGCAUAGUCUUUGUAGAUUCUGUUUACGGGGGUUUAAUCUCAGAAAGGUUUCAGCUUCCAGGGGGUGGAAUACUAACAUUUUUGCCAUGACAUGAAAUGGACGUUUGUCCAUUAUCCAACUCAGCUGAUCCGCACUUUUGAAAUAUGGAAAAUCAGAAAAUAUUGCAAUUUUCCUUGCCAAAAUUGCCCUUUCCGCACAACUGCCCAAAGUGAAUAUGAACCCCAUCAUCUCGCUACUCUGAUACACACUUAUUAUGAUUAGGGGCGGCACGGUGGCGCAGCGGUAGUUGCUGCCUCACAGCGCCAGAGACCCGGGUUUAAUCCUGACUACUGUACGGAGUUUGUGCGUUCUCCCCGUGACCUUACGUGGGUUUUCUCCAGGAUCUCCGGUUUCCUCCCACACUCCAAAGACGUAUGGGUUUGUAGGCUAAUUGACUUGGUAAGAUUGUAGACUGUCUCUGGUGUGGGUCAGGUAGAGUUAGUGUGCGGGGAUCGCUGGUCGGUGCGGACUCAGUGGGUGGAAGGGGCCACUUCUGAGCUGCGUCUCCAAAAACUACAAAAAACAAGGAUUAUUAGUCCAUCUUGUUUUGGAGCACAUUUUUACAUGCAAUACACUGGAGCAAAACAAAUGGGUCCCUUUAGCACCACGGUGAGUUUCAUAGAGUUUGCGAUCAGUGCAGUGAAGUAAGAAGUGAAAUCUGUCAGUAACAGCAAAGUACAACUCUCGAUCGAUGGGAUUUCUCCGGGUGUUCCAGUUUCCUCCCACACUCCACAAAUGUGCCGUUUUGCAGGUUAAUUGGCUUCUGAAAAUUGUUCCUAGUGUGUAGGAUAGAACUCAAUCUAUGGAAGGAUUGAUAGCAAGUUUGCCACGAUGGCAGUUUGAUAGCAACAGAUGGAGAUGAUGUCCGGAAGCUGAACCACAUAUAUCCUGCAGUCAGGGUGGUUCAGAAAUUCAUUACUGAUAGGAGCAGAAUUAGGCCAUGCCACCCAUCAAACCUACUCUGCCAUUCAAUCAUUGCUGAUCUAUCUUUCCCUCUCAACCCCAUUCUUCUGAUAACUACUGACACUCUUACUAAUCAAGCAUCUAUCAAUCUCCACCUUAAAAAUAUCCAUUGACUUGGCCUCCACAGCCGUGUGUGGCAAUGAAUUCCACAAAUUCACCACCUUCUGAAUAAAGAAAUUCCUCCUCCCCUCCUUUCCAAA